AAGGCAUAUCAGAUUUUUCUUUUCAUUGCUGCUUCACUCAAAAAACACUUUCUCUAAUGGCUGCUAGUCUCUCUACUGGUCUGGAUGUCCAUUUUGCCAUCCCUCAAUCUGAUACGAAAAGACCCAUUUUCUUCACCAGAAGGAAAUUCACCAUUUACUGUAACUCAUCCAAGUCCUCCUCAAAACCUCCCCAAAACCCACCUGUUAAAAGAACCCCAUCUUUAUCCGAGCAACUGCAGCCUCUUUCAACAACCACACUUCCCAAGAAGGACCAAGCUGGUCUCUUGUCAAAGCCAAAGUCCACAUGGGUUAAUCCCACCAAGCCUAAAAGAUCUGUUCUUUCACUGCAAAGGCAAACGCGUUCUCCUUAUGCAUAUAACCCUAAAGUCAGAGAGCUAAAGCUCUUUGCAAACAAGCUCAGUGAUUGUGACAACAGUGAAGAGGCUUUCCUAAGUGUUCUCGAGGAAAUCCCAUUGGAACCCACUAGAGAAAAUGCGCUUUUGAUACUCAACAGCUUGAAGCCAUGGCAAAAGACUCACCUUUUCUUCAAUUGGAUAAAGACCAAGAAUUUGUUUCCCAUGGAAACUAUAUUCUACAAUGUCACAAUGAAGUCUUUGAGGUUUGGUAGGCAGUUUGAGCUCAUUGAGGAACUUGCUAAUGAAAUGGUAAGCAAUGAGAUUCCACUUGAUAACAUUACGUAUUCAACCAUUAUUACCUGUGCCAAAAGAUGCAAUCUCUUUGAUAAAGCUGUAGAAUGGUUUGAGAGAAUGUAUAAAACUGGUUUGAUGCCUGAUGAAGUCACUUAUUCUGCUGUUUUAGAUGUUUAUGCCAAAUUGGGUAAGGCUGAGGAAGUUGUUAGCUUAUAUGAGAGAGGGGUAGCUAGUGGUUGGAAACCAGACCCUAUUGCAUUCUCUGUAUUGGCAAAGAUGUAUGGUGAAGCUGGAGAUUAUGAUGGGAUUAGGUAUGUUCUGCAAGAAAUGAAGUCUCUCGGUGUACGGCCUAAUUUGGUUGUCUACAAUACUUUGUUAGAGGCUAUGGGCAAGGCAGGGAAGCCUGGUUUGGCAAGAAGCCUUUUUCAGGAAUUGCUUGAGUCUGGUUUAACUCCAAAUGAGAAGACUUUAACUUCCCUUGCCAAGAUAUAUGGAAAGGCAAGGUGGGCAAAAGAUGCGUUGGAAUUAUGGGAGGAGAUGAAGUCCAAAAACUGGCCAAUGGACUUUAUUUUGUAUAAUACUUUGUUAACCAUGUGUGCAGACAUUGGUUUAGUUGAGGAAGCAGAGCAGCUUUUCAUGGAUAUGAAGAAAUCACAGCAUUGUAGGCCAGAUAGUUGGAGCUACACAGCUAUGCUGAAGAUAUAUGGAAGUGGAGGGAAUGUUGGUAAGGCAAUGGAGUUUUUCGAAGAGAUGUCGGAGGUGGGUGUUGAGCUUAAUGUAAUGGGAACCACUUGUUUGAUUCAGUGCUUGGGGAAGGCUGGAAGAAUGGAUGAGUUGGUGAAGGUAUUUUCUGUAUCAGUUGAACAUGGAAUCAAACCGGAUGAUAGGCUUUGCGGAUGCCUGUUGUCUGUUGUGUCGCGGUGUGAGAGCAGGGCAGAUGUGGAUAAAGUUUUAGCAUGCCUGCAUCGAGCUAAUCCUCGGUUAGUUGGAUUCGUGAAAUUGAUUGAAGAGGAGGUAUAUUGUCUUGACACUGUUAAAGAAGAGUUCAAGGGCAUCAUUAGUGGCACUAAAGAUGAUGCCAGAAGACCAUUCUGUAAUUGCUUGAUCGAUAUAUGUCUAAGUAAGAAUCUCAACGAGAGAGCACACGAUUUGCUUUAUCUCGGAACCUUAUACGGAUUAUACCCAGGUUUAUACAAUAAAACUGCCGAUGAGUGGAGUCUGGAUGUCCGAUCACUCUCAGUCGGUGCAGCACAGACAGCUCUGGAAGAGUGGAUGGGGACUUUGGCCAAAACUAUUAAGCAUGAAGAAGCAUUGCCAUUGCUAUUUUCUGCCCAAACGGGUACCGGAACUCAUAAAUUCUCUCAAGGGCUGUCCAAUUCAUUUGCUUCUCAUUUGAAGAAACUUGCAGCACCUUUUAGGCAGAGUGAAGAGAAAGCUGGUUGUUUUGUGGCAAAAAGGGAGGAUUUAGUGCCUUGGCUGCAAUCAAGGUUGCAGACAUGAUGAAUGUAUUUGUUGUGAACUACGAUAAAUAUCAACUGCGAAAAGAUUUGGAAUCUCAAAAUAACAGCAAAUGUGACUUGUAGUCUGUACCAGUUUUAUAGAUAGCUGAUUAGCAGCAAUAGCAGAUAUUUUCAUUUAUCUGUGUUCAAUUAAAGGAGUUCCAUAAAGGCUGGAACGAUUGUUUGAA